AUGUCUGUGGCUUGGCCGUUCGCCGAGGAUGAUAAUCUAGAGCCGAAGAGGGCUAUAAUGGAUAUUCAACCGGUAAUAAAUUUUUCGAAUAAGGAUAAGAUUGAGACCAUACAGUCCCAUGAUGAUGCUUUGGUGGUCACGCUCAGGAUUGGUGGGUAUGACGUGAAAAGGGUGAUGGUGGACCAAGAUAAUGGUGUCAAAAUUAUGUACCCCGACUUAUAUAGGGGGCUGAAUUUGAGACCCGAGGACUUGACGACCUACAAUUCUCCUUUGGUAAGUUUUGAUGGGAAGGUAGUCAUUCCGAGGGGUAUGAUAAGACUACCGCUGCAAGCUGGUUCAGAAGUGGUGGAGGUAAAUUUCAUCGCGAUGGAUGCCUAUUCCCCCUACACGGCCAUUGUAGCUAGACCCUGGCUUCAUGCCCUGGAAGCCGUCUCUCUACUCUACACUAGAAGGUAA